CCCGCGCCCUCCCAGCUCCCCCACCAGUGCACGAGUUUACCUCUAGAGGUCAUCAGGCAGGAUUUACGACUGGACAACAAAAGCACGUGAUGUGAAGCCGUACCCCAUAUUUGGGUGCCUACGUAGGAGGGAACCAAGUACAUGUCCCAGUCAUUUCCAUAAUUCAUCAUAAAUUGUGCAAGGGUGCUAUAGACGCACAAAACGACCAAGAGCCACAAAUCAAGCACACAUAUCAAAAAACAAAUGAGCUCUUAUUUUGUAAACUCAUUUUGCGGUCGCUAUCCAAAUGGCCCGGACUACCAGUUACAUAAUUAUGGAGAUCACAGCUCGGUGAGCGAGCAAUACAGGGACUCCGCCAGCAUGCACUCCGGCAGGUACGGAUACGGCUACAAUGGCAUGGAUCUCAGCGUCGGGCGCUCUGCUUCCACCCACUUUGGUGCCAAUGAGAGACCCCGCAGUUACCCGGCCAACACCACCUCUGCUUCGACAGAGCCCAGGUACAACCAGCCCGCGACGUCUUCCCACUCGCCUCCCCCUGACCCUCUGCCCUGCACCGCCGUGGCCGGUUCGCCUGUCAGCGAGAGUCACCACGGGGUGAAAAACUCCCUCGCCAACUCCACCAGCACUUCAUCCAAUUCCAGCAGCAACACGCACAUCAGCAGAGACGGGGUUGGCACCUCGUCUGGGACUGAGGAAGACACGCCAGCAAGCAGCGAGCAGGCAAGUGCCCCGACCGACCAAAGCACAGCCCAGCCUUCACAGCCCCAGAUCUACCCCUGGAUGCGAAAACUGCACAUAAGUCAUGACAACAUAGGGGGACCAGAAGGGAAAAGGGCUCGGACUGCUUACACCCGCUAUCAGACCCUGGAGCUGGAAAAGGAAUUUCACUUCAAUAGAUACCUGACCCGCAGAAGAAGGAUUGAAAUAGCACAUGCUCUUUGCCUCUCAGAGAGACAAAUAAAGAUCUGGUUCCAAAACAGGAGAAUGAAAUGGAAAAAGGAUAAUAAGCUGAAAAGUAUGAGCAUGGCAGCUGCAGGAGGGGCAUUCCGUCCCUAAGCGUUUGAUCAAUUAAAAGUACUGAGCAGUAUUAGCUGACCCUGCGUCUCAUGUCAGUACUAAGUUGACUUUCUAAAACUUCCUUGUGUUACUUCUGUGAAGAAACCCUGUUCUUGUCGCCCUUAUUCAUCUUUUAAUCAUGAGCCUGUUUAUUACCAUUCUCUCGCGUGUAUAAGUAGAUCUGCUUUUAUCGUACAUUUCUUUGUCUUGAAUGGCUUUGUCUUGAAAAAAUAAUAGAUGUUUUAACUUAUUUAUAUGAAGCGAGCUGUGUUACUUGAAGUAACUGUUAAAACAAAACAAAACUAAGGGGAAAAAAAAAAGAACAAAAAAAUAAGGUUAAAAAAAGGAGAGAGAGAAAGAAACCCUCCCCCGGUUUAGUACAAAUGUUAUGUGUUGCACUCAACCUGCUUAACUGUGCAUGUGUGGUCAAGUGUUAAUGUCUGUAUAGCUCCAAGCUGUUAAAAAUAUUUUUAUUCAAACUACCUAUAUAAUUCCUGUGUAAUUAAUGCUGUUGUAGAAGUGAAAUGAUGAAAUCAACUGAACUUGUCCUACGUGUAGUGAAUAGUGGAUCUGUGACGAAAACUGUGAUUCCAAGCAGUAUGUCCUUGCUGUGCCUUUGUAUAUGACUCUUUGCACGAACUCUUAGAAGUGGCUCUUAUUAAGCGCAGCUUCUGUGAUGUAUGUUUUUUGUGAACAAAGUUACAAAUAUAGUCAAAGUCUGGCUGUUUGAGCAAA